GGAUGGAAGAUGGACACCUUUACCCAGCCAGGGGAUGUUCUGGUUGGAGGAAUCUUUUUGGUCUACUCUGGGUAUGAUUUUCCACUGGUGAACUUCCAAGAAGCACCGAAGCCGUUAUCCUGCAAGGGGUUUCACAUUCGCUACUAUCGGGAUGUUCUGGGCCUCAUGUUCGCAGUAGAUGAAGUUAACAAUUCCCCGGACCUGCUGCCUAACAUCACUCUUGGCUUCAGCCUUUUGGAGUCUUGUAUGUCAGAACUCCGGGCCAUAGGAGGGGUUAUGUCCCUUCUGUCAGGGGUAGGGAACCCUGUUCCUCAAUACAACUGCCACAAGACCUCUGCCAUGGUUGGGAUAGUUGGAGAUAUGGCGUCAGCUCUGUCAGUUCCUAUUGCCAGGAUCCUAGGAGUCCACCAUUAUCCACAGAUCAGCCAUGGGGCCUCUACGUCUUCCUUGAGCGACAAGGUGAACUUCCCAUCUUUCAUGCGCACGGUGUCCAAUAAUAUGUUUCAAAACGUUGCCCUCUCUCAGCUCGUCCAUUUGUUCAAUUGGACUUGGGUGGGAAUGUUGAUAGUGGACAACGAUGUGGGUGAGCAGGGUGGGAGGAUGAUCAGGGCUGAGAUAGAAAAAAGUGGAAGCUGUGUGGCCUUCGCCGAAAAAAUCCACCUAAGCUACUCUAGAGAGAAAGUCCUGAGGGUGGUGGGAAUCAUAAGACAGAGUUCGGUCAACGUAAUUAUCCUCCACAGCACCGAGCCCCACGUCAUGGCUCUGCUCGAUGCCUUGUUUGACCAAGGUGUGACUGGGAAGAUUUUCAUUUCGUCCGUUUCCUUCACAAUCACUCCCGGCCUCUUCUCCAGGAAGGCAUGGAAAGUUCUCAAUGGGACUGUGGGCCUAAUGCCUAAAACAAGACCCAUGCCAGGCUUUGAGUCCUUUCUUCAAAGUCUACAUCCAGCUUCAAACUCUUCGUACCCCUUUAUUAAACCUUUCUGGGAAACGGCAUUUCACUGCAGCUGGUCUGGUGAAAGAACGCUAGAAAAUGAAGCAAAUUCGAUGAGCAGUGGGUCACCAUGCACCGAAGACAGAGAUUUGAGGAUGAAGAUCCCGGAAUUAUUUGAGCUCUAUGACCUGAGCUACACUUACCAUGCCUACCUUGCCAUAUAUGCCUAUGCCCACGCUCUUCACGCACUGCUCAAGUGCCAGCCAACUCACUGUAUUUAUCCUGACGUCAGCAGCAUCCGACCCUGGCAGGUCCUCCAUUAUCUAAAGAAAACCCCUUUCCGCCCCCCAUCUGGGGAAGCCAUCACGUUUGACGCCAAUGGAGAUGUUUCUGCAUCAUAUGACUUUGUGACCAUCCGAAUCCUUCAUGGAGAAUUCCAGCUUGUGACUGUGGGAUCGUUUAACCCCGGGGCAAAGGCAAGUCAUGCGAUUGAUAUCAACACCAGCGAAAUUCUGUGGAAUGAGCGAUUCUCCCAGGUCCCCCAGUCAUCGUGCAGUGACAGUUGCCCUCCCGGAUACAGGAGGGUCACCAGACAAGGUCAGCCUUCAUGUUGCUUCGACUGUGUCUUGUGUUCUGCAGGAGACAUUUCCAACAGGACAGAUGCUGCUGAAUGUCUCAGAUGUCCAGGAGAUCAGUGGUCAAAUGAAGAACGGAACAGAUGCAUCCCAAAGAUUGUAGAGUUCCUUUCUUAUCAAGAACCACUAGGAAUUAUACUAGUACUGAUGGCCAUUGGGUCCUCCAUCCUGGCACUUUGCAUCCUAUUGAUAUUUAUUCGGUUCAAAGACACGCCAGUGAUCAAAGCCACCAACAGAGAAUUGAGCUACAUACUGCUGGUGUCUCUCAUUCUCUGCUUCCUCUGCUGUCUUGUGUUCAUUGGUCAACCGUCUACUAUCACCUGCCUCCUAAGACAAACCUUCUUCAGUGUGAUCUUCUCCAUUAGUAUCUCCUCAGUCCUGGCCAAGACUAUUAUGGUGAUCCUUGCCUUUAAAGCCACCAGGCUCAACAGUCCAUUAAGAAAAUGGCUUGGUCCCACCAUCCCUCGUAAUGUUGUAGGACUUUGUUCAGUUCUGCAGAUUCUUAUUUGUUCGGUGUGGCUUCAUAGGUCACCGCCGUUUCCGACUAUGAACACUGAAACUGAGAAUUUUAAGAUUAUUCUGGAGUGCAACGAAGGCCAGAAAGUGUUUUUCUACCUAUCUUUGGGGUUCAUGGGUUUUCUGGCCAUGAUAAGCUUCUUCGUGGCUUUCCUGGCAAGGAACCUUCCUGGAAGCUUCAAUGAGGCCAAACUGAUCACCUUCAGCAUGCUGGUCUUCUGUUGUGUCUGGAUCUCCUUCAUCCCAGCCUAUCUGAGCACCAGUGGCAAGUACACCGUGGCUGUUCAGAUAUUUGCUAUCUUGGCUUCCAGUGCUGGACUGCUGUGCUGUAUUUUUCUUCCCAAAUGUUGCAUUAUCCUACUGAGACCAGAAAGGAACAGCCGACAGUUUAUAGGUGUCCACAAGGUUUUUAGACAUGAAAGGUUAUAG